AUGACUGUGGGUGAUAUCAAACGUUUAGAUGAAUCCAUUCGGAAACUGGCAGAUACUACCACCGAAUCCAUUCAACGAUUAAACGACGUCACCGAUCGUCAGGCGGCAUCUCUCGACGGGUUUAAGGAUAUGAUGGAUGGGAUCAAGACUCUUAUCACCACGUUGAAUUCAAAGUACGAGCAGCUUCAAGAAAAGGUAUCUUCGUCUUCUUCUUUCCCCAUACUUCCAAACCCUAAUCAGCAUCCGGGCCAUGUUCGUCUGUUCCAACUCAAAUUAGAUUUUCCUAAAUUCUUUGGGGACGACCCUGAGGCUUGGAUUUACAAAUGUGAGAAAUUUUUCGAGUUGAAUGCUAUAGAAGAAACCCAGAAAUUACGUCUAGCUUCAUUACACAUGGAAGACAAAGCUAUGCACUGGUAUCGUUGGUUUGAGAAGUCCCAUACUCUACGCACUUGGAGGGAAUUCUCUAGGGUUUUGUUACUACGAUUUGGGGAUAAUGUCUUUGAUGAUGCUACGGGUCAAUUAACCAAACUUAAACAAUGGACUUCUGUCAAAUUGUACCAAGAAAAGUUUGAAGAGUUAGCAAACAAAACCACUGGAUUAUCAGAAGAGUUCUUCAUUAGUUGUUUUGUCAGUGGUUUGAAAGACGAAAUAAAGGGCGGCGUUCAAAUGUUUCAACCGAGAACCAUCUCUCAAGCUAUGGGUUUGGCUCAUCUUCAGGAAGACACAAUUGAGGCUGUGAGUAAGAAGCAUAGGGUACCCAUGAAGGCUGCUCCUCCCUAUUCCACACUACCAUUCCGACCUCACGAUGCCACUCCAAAACCUGCCGAAUCAGGAGGGAUGGUGAAACGAAUAUCUCCCAAGGAUUUUGAUGAGCGGAGGGCCAAAGGUUUAUGUUUUGGAUGUGAUGAAAAGUACUUCCGAGGUCAAGUGUGUAAGAAAAAACAGUUAUACAUGAUUGACGUUGAAGAUGAGGAAGAGGUAUUUUUGGAAGCCCAACAAGAGAUCACUCUUGAUGAAAGUCCAGAGGAAUUCCACAUCUCAGUCCAUGCUCUAUCAGGGGUCCAAUCUUACAAAACCAUGAGGAUUAAAGGGGUAAUCAAGCAGACUGGGGUGAAUAUUCUUAUUGACUCCGGGAGUACUCACAAUUUCUUGGACCCCGGUGUGGCUAAGAGGACUGGAGUCCGAACUCAACCCACCAACCCUUUGUCUGUUAUCGUGGCAGAUGGCACCAAGAUCAGCAGCAAAGCUGUGGUGAGAGAUCUACAUUGGUCAGUACAAGGUAUGGAGUUCAUUUCUGAGGUCAGAUUACUUCCUUUGGGGGGAUGUGAUAUGGUGUUAGGUGUGCAAUGGCUAUCAACCUUGGGGCCAGUACUUUGGGAUUUCAAAAACUUACAGAUGCAAUUCUCAGUUUCUGAUAAGGAAAUAGUACUGAAGGGAGAUACAUCCACAGCGGUUCAGGUGGUAAAUGCUAAGAAGAUGCAACACUUGCUCAACAAGAAGUCUUCAGGUGUAUUAGCUCAACUAUGCAGCUUACAAACUGUCCCUUCUACAGAGGUACCCCUGGAUUUACUUCAGCUUUUGCAAGACUUUCACGAUGUAUUUAGGGAACCUAAUGGCUUACCCCCAUUUAGAGCUCAUGACCAUCAGAUCCCACUCAAGCCUGAUGAUGCUUUUGUAGGAGGACUCAGAAAAUCCGAACCGGCCAAUGUACGUGGAAAGGAGGUAAAUGGGCUCCCUUGUUCUCCAGUAAAGUGGGUAGAUGGUGUUCAAAAGAUGUCCUACAGAGUUGAAAGAAGAUAUCGUUCCAAAUGCAUAAUUUGA